UUUCUUCUAUUUCUUCUAUUGUUUGAAGUCUCAGUUUUAAUCUACAGCUUGAGAAGCCGAAGUGCAGGAUGAGUGUGGAAGUGUUGGACAGUGCUACAAUUGUUAACUUUGUUGAAGAUGAAGAAGCAUUCAACGUCUCAAUACGGGAUAGGUUUGCACAUCUUGACACUGACCAUGAUGGACUCCUCUCCUAUGCGGAGUUGUUGAAGGAGUUGCAGAGUCUGAGGGUCUUCGAAACUCACUUUGGCAUUGACGUUAAGAGAGACCCCAAGGAGAUGGCUCACGUUUACAAUUCACUGUUUGUGCAGUUUGAUCAUGACUCCAAUGGGACGGUGGAUUUGGAGGAGUUCAAGGCGGAGACAAAGAGGAUGAUGAUUGCUAUGGCUAAUGGGAUGGGAUUCUUGCCUGUUCAAAUGGUCUUGGAAGAAGGCAGCUUCUUGAUGAAAGCAGUAGAGCUUGAAUCCACCAAACUGGCUGCUUAAAUCUGUUCACUUGGAACCCAAAUCCUUAAUUUUUCAGACUACUGAUCAUUUACGUUUUUGUUUUUGUUUUUAAUUUGUUCCACCAUUUUCAAUGUUUUACAAAACCAACUAUGUCUGUUGAAUAAAUUGAAUUUAAGUUGUGGAAUUGCUGAAUAAACUGAGAGAUGAUUGCAUGAAGUCAUGAACGAAGAGAUCAUUCACUUCAUAUGAACCAAUUUGAUGAUAAAUCUGAACCACUAACAUAAGUACAAUCAUAAAUUUG